UUCAGUCUGGAACACAAAAGUUUAUUAGAAUAAAAAUACACAUACAGUAUCAACACUAAAAUUAUUUCACAUCGCAUAUAGGUUUUACCUCCAUUAGUUUUUUUUAAUGCUUAUAAAGUCUAUGCUGUAAAUAAUUUGCACAUUUGUAAACAAAUCUUAGAUUACCAAAGAUGCAGUGUAUCUAUCAGAUAUUGAAUAUCAAAACUUAAGGAUGGGAACUGAUAGCGAAAUCCAAUUACACUAAACAUUCCUGUAAAUUUUUGGAAAGAGAGGAAAAGAUUAAAAUAAUUCACUUGAAAUGAGGUAAGAUGUAUAUGAAAAGGUUUUUAGUAGCAUAUAUCACAAUGUUGAGAUGAGAAUAUUAAAAACAUUCAUGGAAAAUUCACUUUGAUGUUUUGCAUAGUCUAGGUUAUUUUUUAAAAAACAAAAAAUUAAAAAUUACCCAAAUUCCUUAUUAGAAAGAGACAAUUACCUGGUUCUACUUAGGAUCCGUGUAUGUUCUAAGUCUUUCUCUCCUUUAUAAAAAAAAGAGAUUAUCUGAUUCUAUUUAGGAUCUGUGUACAUUCUAAGUCUUUCUCUCAUUUAGAGAAAAACAUUCUCAAGUCUAUAGAAAAGGAAAAAAAAUUAAGAUUAGGACCAACAUUUCAAGCUGCCUUUUGGAAAGAAAAUUAAAAACAGAGGUAGAUGGUUAAUUAUUAGUGGCCAAGUUACUCAGGUGACUAAUUUUUGUCUUGGUACACAUUCACCAAAAUUUUAUACUUGAAGCCAAAUAGUAAAUAACUUUAGGAGUAGAGAGUAAUACCUAGCAGAAGUUAUUUUCUUUAUGUCAAAGAAAAGUAAUAGAAGCAAACCAGGCUUACGACCCCUGUUAAGGAGAUGAUUGUUUAAAGCACUACAGUUCAUGCACUUUUCAAAGCAGGAUAAUGAACCUUGCCCCUAAGCUUCUUAGGUGUAUCUGAGGCCAGCCACAAGCUCCAUCAGGCCUGUUCAGUCCAAGUAGGACUGCAGGGUGCCUCGGCGCCGGACAUCGCAGGUCCAGCAGUGGAAGCCUCCUCCCAGGGAAUUGGCAUUACGAAUGUUAACUUUAAUGGUAGUGAUACCCAGCUUUUCAAACAUCUUUUGAGUUGGAACUUCAUUGGCAUCCACCAUAACACGUUUUUCAUCUAGCAUUAAGACAUUCAUGGAAAGCCAUUUGGAUGACAUCCAGAGUGGAUGAUCGUCUGGGAUGAUUGGUGUUGGAGGAGUAAUGAUAGUCCAUCCUGCUUUCUUGAAAAGAUCAAUCUGGUGACAUGGUCGGUCAGGGUUGGAAAGCACAGUACCAGGUCCAAUGAUGUUGAAGGUAGCAUCAAUAUGCAUGGGAUUGGGAUCUUUAAAGGAGAUGAUAUGUACUCUGUAAUCUGGAGCAAGAUGCCUACGCAUCCAUUCAAUGCCUAGGUAGUUUGUAACCUGGCUUCUCUGUGCAAAAAUAUCUUUUCCAGCUCGAAUGAAGUCAGCAGCAUCAAAGCAUGGCUCAAACUCAGUUGUCACAAAUUUUCCCUGAGCAGCCAAUUUGUGUCUGUCUUCUACAGAGUGGAUGGGAUAAUCCCGGUCAUAAAGCUCAUCAGCCAUUGUGGGCUUAGGAGCUGUUGUCCACUUGGCGCCACGGUGGAAGUAGUCUUUGAUAAUUGACCUGUACGCUCGGUACUCAAAGAAGCGUGAACGCCAUGCCAUGGGAGCCUCGAUAAUCUCAUUGCCCACAACUAUCAGGAUGUCUCGAGGCAUUGCACUGUAUAAACCCGUAGACUCAAAAUCAGGAGUUUUAUACUUCAAUGACCAGUCAAUGGGGUCAGGCCUCCUCACUGUCACUCCUUCCAUUUUGGGAUGUGUACCUCAGACGGGACAGAGCUGGAAUCAGAGGGUUCUUGUGAAUACAGCCGCGGUGCGAGGCGGC